AUGCUGACAUGUGCAAUGUCAACAACUGAACGUUUCCCCUCCCUCUCUCCUGCAUACCCCCUCUCUCCUGCAUACCCCCUCUCUCCUGCAUACCCCCUCUCUCCUGCAUACCCCCUCUCUCCUGCAUACCCCCUCUCUCCUGCAUACCCCCUCUCUCCUGCAUACCCCCUCUCUCCUGCAUACCCCCUCUCUCCUGCAUACCCCCUCUCUCCUGCAUACCUCCUCUCUCCUGCAUACCCCCUCUCUCCUGCAUACCCCUCUCUCCUGCAUACCCCCUCUCUCCUGCAUACCCCCUCUCUCCUGCAUACCCCCUCUCUCCUGCAUACCCCCUCUCUCCUGCAUACCCCCUCUCUCCUGCAUACCCCCUCUCUCCUGCAUACCCCCUCUCUCCUGCAUACCCCCUCUCUCCUGCAUACCCCCUCUCUCCUGCAUACCCCCUCUCUCCUGCAUACCCCCUCUCUCCUGCAUACCCCCUCUCUCCUGCAUACCCCCUCUCGUGCCAUCCAUCCGCCAGUGACAUGCGAUCACCCAGACGUGAAUUGCAGCUUUGAAGAAGAAUGUAUACCUCAAAGCAUCGAGAAGCGGACCCAUGCUAAAUGCGUGUGCAAGGAUGGAUACCUUCGCACACACUCAGGCAUUUGUGCCCGUAC